AAAGUAUAAAAAUGUUUCAAAACAAAAUGAUUAGUAUUUUUGAAGCGGAAAAACGUGAGAAUGUUGACUCUUUUUUUUCUCUGCUGCGUUGGAAAUGUUGCUUCAAGUUGGGUCCCUGAAAUGGAGAAUAGCAAUCUGUUUGAAGGAGACAUGGUGUUGACUCCUAGUGAUUUCAAUGGCUACGGAAGCAUUAUAGCAGGCCGAUGGCCUAACAAUAUUGUUCCUUACGAUCUCAGUCGAAUGAGCUCAUCAAAUCAUGUUUACAUAUUAAGAGCAAUUGAUGAAUAUCAUAAGCACACUUGUUUGAAGUUUAUAAAGAGAACAAAUGAAGAUACCUAUCUUAGUUUUCAUUCUGGAAUCGGGUGUUCCUCUGAUGUUGGUUAUUAUCGAAGAAGAGUCAACAAUGUAUCACUAGGCAGUGGAUGUCUUCAACUUGGAACAGUAUUGCAUGAAAUAGGGCAUAGCAUUGGAUUGCAUCAUGAACAAAGUCGACCUGAUCGUGAUGAUCAUGUAACAAUUGUUUGGGGCAACAUUCAACUUGGUAUGAAAUACAACUUUGACAAGUUUGAUAGUGGUACAGUUAACAGUUUGGGAUUUCCUUAUGACUAUGAUUCAAUGAUGCACUAUGGUGAAACUGCAUUUGGUCGAUUUGGUGGGGUUACUAUUAAAACUAAAGACCCAAGCAAACAAAAAGUUAUUGGCAAAGCCCAAGGGUUUAGUAACAUAGACAUAAAGCAAAUUAAUGCUAUGUAUAACUGCAAAGCAGGUGUUUUAACACAUCCACCAACUAUUUCAGGUGUUUCAACCCAGCCACCUACUUUUUCACAUAGUUCAACACAAUCUCCCACAGCUCCUCAAACUGGCUCUCCAACGGUACAAUGUGUGGCUGGUGAAGACUUAGACAUUAAAUGCAAAGGAUGGGCAAAUACAGGUUAUUGUGCUUCAACAGAUCGAGGUUAUUUAGAAGUUAUGAAAAGAAAAUGUUGCAAAUCUUGUAAAGACACCUGCAAUGACAAACAUUCGAACUGCGCUGCAUGGGAAAAAUCCGGUGAGUGUCAGAAAAAUCCAAAUUGGAUGCUUCCAAACUGUUCGAAAUCUUGUUUUAAAUGCAACUAAAUAUUUUAAA